AUGGCAAGUAAGCUCUAUAUCAACGAGACCCCCGCCGACGUCAAAAACGCAGAGGGUCUCCAUCUCAUCACCCAGAGCACGCCCAAUGGCCAGGCAGUCCAGAUCUUCCUCGAGGAGCUGGCAGAGACCUACGGCACUAAAUGGACAACCACUUUAAUCAACAUUAUGACCAAUGAACAAAAGAAGGAGUGGUUCCUCCGGCUCAACCCCAAUGGCCGUAUCCCCGUCUUGGUUGAUAACAGCGCCAGCGCCAAGGCCGCCAACAAUCAGAACCCAUUCCCGGUCCACGAGACUUCUGCCGAACUCUUGUACCUGCUCAAGGAGGAGGACAAGGAGGACAAAUUUGGUUUCAAGGACGAGUACGAGCGCAAUGAGGCCCUCCAGUGGCUCUUUUUCUGGCACGGCUCUGGCGCCCCCUACCAGGGACAGACCAAUCACUUUAGCAAGGCCGCUCCCGAGAAGAUUCCCUACGCCAUUGAACGCUUCCGCAAGGAAACACUCCGCGUGUACGGCGUUUUGGAAAUCCGACUGUCUGGCAAGUAUACGGGCGAGCCAAGGGACUACUUAGCCGGCAAGGGCAAGGGCAAGUACUCGGUGGCCGACAUCAAGACGUGGCCGUGGGUCAAGGGCUGGGAAAGGACGGGAUUCACCAAGGAGGAACUCGACGAGUUCCCGCAUUUGCUCAAGUGGAUUGAUCGAAUUGCGGCGCGUCCUGCGGUUCAGAAGGGAAUCGGAUCCAAGUACUCUCAGUGA